AUGGGCUCUCUUCCUACCCCUCCCGCAGACGCGUCGGCCUACCCAACGGGUCACUCGGCGCGUGUCGCCGCGCGUGCCAACGCCAUCCUCUCGACGUCGGGCCUCGCGCCGGACUACCUCCAAGCGAACCUGAUCGUGCUGCCCUCGCGCUACGCCGCCGAUUUCCGGCUGCUCUGCAAGCGCAACCCGGUGCCGUGCCCGCUGCUCGCCGAAUCGGCGAGCGUGGGCAGCUACUCGGCGCUGAAGUCUUGGAUGGACGGCGUGGCCGACGACGCCGUAGCCAAGGGGAUCGACAUCCGGACGGACGCGCCGCGAUAUAUGGUGUACAACAACGGCACCCUCACCGCCUCCCACAUCGCCGACGUCUCCGCGCACUGGGACGCCUCCGACCACGUCGCCUUCCUGAUCGGCUGCUCCUACAGCUUCGAAGCGGCCCUCGCACGCCAAGGCCUCACCCCGCGACACACGCAGCUCAACCGCGUCGUGCCCAUGUACCGCACGCGGCUGCCGCUCAGCCCGGCGGGCGUCUUCACCGGCGCCACGCACGUCGUCAGCAUGCGGCCGUACCCGCGGCGGGCGGUGGCGGCCGUGCGCGCCGCGACGCGCCCCUUCGUCGCGGCGCACGGCGAGCCCGUGGCGUGGGGGUGGGACGCGGCGCGCGAGCUGCUGCGCGACGGCGCCGACGUCAACGCGCCCGACUGGGGCGAGCCGCCCGUCAUGGCCGACGGCGUGAGCCCGCUGGUCGAGGGCGACGAGGAGAACGUGCCCGUGUUUUGGGGGUGCGGCGUCACGCCGCAGGAGGCGGUGGUGAGGGCGGGGCUGGAGGGGACGGUGUUGGGGCAUGCGCCGGGGCAUAUGAUUGUGUUGGAUGUGAGGGAUGAGGAUGUUUUUGGGAAGGUGGUCGUUGAGGGGAGGGAUGUUAUGCUUCUCCUCAUUGACUGGGGAAAGCAACGAGAUGCGGAAGGAAAGGGUUUUGAGAAAGAGAUCGUAGGACUUGAAAACAUCAACUUCUCGCACCUUUGCGUCAGAGAUGAAAGCGGCCUUGAUGCUUCAGGGCCUUGCCUAGCCUAG